AUGGGAUACAGCGGUACGGCUUACCAACCUCAAAGAUACUGGGGUACAUGGCAGGAAUUUCUGGGGGGGUAUUCUCUCCUUGGAUUCACCAAAAAGGAUGCUUACAAUUACAUCGAGAAGAGCAAACGCGACAAGAUUACGGACGGUGACACUAAUGCGGCCGUCAUAUACCUUGAGGGAAAGGCCACAGCCGAUCCGAUGUCGAUGGCAAGGUACAACCUCACCGAUGAUGGUAUGUUGGCGAACCUCUUCUGGGUUGACGGAGCGAGUCAAGUUGAUUACCAAUAUUUUGGUGACGUCCUUGCUUUUGACUCAACCUACAAGAAAAACAAAUAUAAGAGGUCGUUAGUCAUAUUCUCUGGCACGAAUAACCAUAAACAAACAACAAUCUUUGGCUUUGGUCUUGUUUUGGAUGAGCGCAUACCUUCUUACAUGUGGAUGCUUGAGAGCCUGGUUGAAGUAAUGUGUGGCAAGACACCGUCUGUAGUUGUUACAGACGGAGAUGAUGCAAUGAUUGCAGCUGUGCGGAAAGUUUUCCCACGAGCAACUCAUAGGCUGUGUGCGUGGCAUCUACAAAGAAAUGUAACCUCGAACUCAAACGAAGAAAUGUUUCAAAAUGUGUUUGCAAAGUGGUUAUAUGCUGACAUGGAAAUUGCUGACUUUGAGGCUGAGUGGACUCAGGCAGUGAUAGACUUUGAAUUGAGUGACAAGUUAUGGGCUUCCCAGAUGUACGAGAAGCGGGAGAUGUGGGCCAACGCAUAUCUGCGGAACAAGUUUUGUGAUGGCUUUCGGAUGACAUCUAGGUGCGAGGGAAUCAACGCUAAUGUAAAAAAAUUCCUCACUUAUAGGCACAACAUUCUAGAACUUGUUCAGAAUCUCGAGUUGCUUGUUCGGGAGUACCGAAACAACGAGCUUUCUGCACAGUUUAAUACAUUAUAUAGCAUGCCGGUCAUCAUAAGUUGCUUGGAUUCCAUUGAAAGAUCUGCUGUGAAAGUGUAUACCCGAGCUGUAUUCAACGAGGUUAAAAAAGAGAUGGAUCGGGUGGGCACUGUCAACUUUGUUAGUCGAACGAGGGUCUCCACAACAAUUUUGUAUAUCAUAGAAGACUAUGGUAACCCGGGAAGACGAGUUAUGAUGCUAUUCGAGAAUAAUGUGGUUAAGUUAGAAUGCCGUUGUCGGUUCUAG